AUUGUAUUUCCGCAACAAAUCAUCUCAUCUAAAGGCUCGAGUAUAGUAACCCAAUAAAAAAAAAUAAAAAAUAAAUAACCCAACAAAAUUACAAAAUUACCCAUGUAUUGUUACAGAACCGGGUUUUCUUGAAGCAUGUGAUUCCAAAGAGCUUUUAAAUCUCCCUCUCCGAACAAGGAUUCUUCCCCCGUUCGUGUAUAUAAACCCUCCUCCUAAUUCUCCUGAAAACACACACACACACACACACAACAGAUACUCGCUCGCUUUCUCUCCAUCUAAAUCCCCAACAAAAUCAUGAGAGAAAUCCUCCAUAUUCAGGGCGGACAAUGCGGCAACCAGAUCGGAGCCAAGUUCUGGGAAGUCGUCUGCGCUGAGCAUGGCAUCGACUCCACCGGACGUUACAGCGGCGACCAGGAUCUUCAGCUCGAGCGGGUUAAUGUCUACUACAACGAAGCCAGUUGUGGGAGGUUUGUUCCACGCGCCAUCCUCAUGGACCUCGAACCAGGUACCAUGGACAGCGUCCGAUCUGGUCCCUACGGUCAGAUCUUCCGCCCUGAUAACUUCGUGUUUGGACAGUCUGGUGCCGGUAAUAACUGGGCGAAAGGACAUUAUACAGAAGGGGCAGAACUUAUUGAUUCUGUUCUUGAUGUUGUUCGCAAAGAAGCCGAAAACUGCGAUUGCCUCCAAGGGUUUCAGUAUCAGGAUGCGACUGCUGAUGAGGAAGGUGAGUAUGAGGAGGAAGAGGAGGAUGGUGUUGAGUACGAGGAAGAAGGUGGUUUUUGUGAUGGAGUUUGUACUUUAAGGUCUUUGGUUAGUGUGCCUAAUGAAAUGAUGAUGAGUUAG